UUGGGAGCAAAGAUGGCGAACGAACUGGAUAGAGUACGAAUCUCAGCAGCGGAACUUCGCGCAGAAGCUACAAAUUCAGAGCCAACGAUCGACCGUCCCCACGAGGAACAACAGGAGCGUAAAAAGCACAGGCAGCAUAAGAAGCGUGAAGCCAAACGUCCAGAUCUGCAGCGUUACCAACCAGCGGCUGGACACGGACGCCGUCCUCAGGACAGCGAGGAAGGAGAAACUGGUCAGAGUGAUUCUCUAGACGGCAAAACACAACAGCGUGAUCAGUCGUUGCAGAGUGAGAAAACCGAGGCCCCUGGGAAUGUUUUAGAUAGACACGGGUGUACAGACCUGUCGAGUGGCAAAAACAAGGGUGAGGACAGGAUGAGCUGCGACGGCAGCACCAGCCUGAACUGUAAACAAGGCACCCAGCCUCUGGGCAAAACAGAGGCAAACAGUGAAAAUAGGGUUGGUGAAAAUGACAAAGAACAGCAAGAUGGUUCUGGAGCUCCAAAACCUGCAAGGAAAGUACGCAAGCCUGACAGAGAGUUUUAUCAACCCGGAAGUCGCAGGAGCGUGCAGGGAAAGGACUCCGGUGUUGGAAGAGAGCUGGAUAAGCCUUCGCCCAAAAAACAAGGGCCAAACCCUGAGCCAGAAUCUCAGGCGACUGCAGGCGAGUGGAGCAAUAAAAAAUCAUUGCCGAAACAUGGAGGGAAAGAUAAAGGGAAAUGCUCCGACUCCAGCAAAGAAACUACAGAGGAAGGAAGACAAGCUGUGGAGAAAAUUACGAGCAAAGUAGAAAAACUCAACAUAAAAGAGAAAGGUGAGGUUGGGGGUCCAAGUAACAAUGUCGAAAACGCUUCUCACACUAGAAAAGACAAAGAAAAGAGUGCUCACGUUGCAGAAACCAAAGGCGAGGAAGAAAAGAAGGAGAAGGGUAACCGCCGGAGAAGAGGAGGGGAGAAGGAGAAAAAAGAGGAAAAUCUGGAAUUCAAAAGAGAAGAUGAAGGCAAUCACAGUAGAAAGAACAAUCGGCAAAAGGCUGAGAAGGAGAAAGACAAGAGAGCUCCAGAUGCAGAUAGGAGAAAAACUGAUAAACCAGGAGAGUCGCACCACAGCACGAGAAGGGAUGCUCCCAGAGAAAGCCGUAAAAUAAAGGAUAACAACAGCAACUUUAAAGAUGCAGAAAAGGCUUCUAAAACGGGGGGACAUUUAGACAGGGCCGCUGAAGAGCGGGACAGACACAGAUCUAAUUUAAAUGCCGCUACACCAAACUCCAAGCGCUAUUCCAAAUCAAAUAUUCGACACUCACGAAACCGAACUUACAGCAGCAGCUCGGCGAGCAGCGUCACCAGCCAGGAUGGUCCCAGACGACAAAUGGGCUCAGCGAGCACCAAGUGGCCGCGCCUCCCUGGGCAAAAUAACAGGGAGCUGGUGGAUAAAUAUGAGGCGCAGAGGAGGCAUUCUUCUACUGAGUCACUGGAUGGGAGUGAGGUGUGUGGCAGAGAAGAAGAAGACGAAGACGGGGGCAGAAGGGGGAGAAGGAGUUUCGGGAAGGAAGAAACCAGUGCAGUAAAACGAGGGGAGGAGCGGAAGACAUCAAAACCAACUAAAAUCGGAGGUCGAGGAAUCCUUAGGGUUUCUGUGGAGAACCAGGCGUCCGUCACAAAGGACAGCUCAGUGCCUCGUGGGAGAGGUAGGGGGAUCUUGGUGCUUCCAGCCCGCACAGACAUCUCUAACUCACCCGAGGUGGGGCAGAGGCUCUUUUCUGCUGGAACCCGGGGCGGAGCGGCUGGCAGAAACAGGGGAGGCCGAGGAGGAGGAGUGAGACGACUCUGGGACCCCAACAACCCCGACCAGAAACCUGCUCUCUCUAACGCUCAGUCAUCCAAACAGGCAGCUCUUAAACAGCCGCUGUACCUUCAGACUGGGACAGGAUACGGGCAGCUCCACUUCCUGGACACAGAUGAUGAGUUAGCCGGCAGCCCUCCGGUGCCCCAGGGGGAUCCCUUUCAGUCCCAGCAGGUUGCUGCUAUGGCCUACUACAAAUUCCAAAACUCUGACAACCCCUACUGCUACCCCAUACCCGCCAGUAACGCGCAUAGUCCCAAUGCCGCCACCGGGCCGCGCUAUCCUUACUCUUAUAGUAUGGGGCCGUACCAGAUGGCUCACCUGAACGGUAUGUACCCGAGUCCAGGUACAAGUCCGUUCAGUGGGAGUUAUAGGGGGGCAGGGUUUGCCCAACCGGGUGUAGGAGGUGGUCUGACAUUUGAAGAGGAGCUGGGGAGACUGCUGAAGGCUGCAGAUGCUCAUGAACUGCAGCUCAGUAACCUGAUCUCCAGGGACAGAGUGAGCGCCGAUGGCUUGGAUCGCAUGUCCCAGCUCAGAGCCGACCUAUUGGGGCUGUACGAGCGGAUCAUUCUGACAGACAUCGAGUUUUCCGACUCCCAGAACGUGGACCAGGCUCUGUGGAAGAACGUGUUCUACCAGGUCAUAGAGAGCUUCCGGCAGCUGCUCAAAGACCCCAGCUGUGACAACAUAGACGAUAUCAGGAACAUGCUGCUCACGCUCCUGGAUGAGGGAGCGCUUUUCUUUGACGCGCUGCUUCAGAAGCUGCAGGCGGUGUACCAGUUCACAUUAGAGGACUACAUGGAUGGUAUGGCUAUCAGAACUCGUCCAUUGCGGAAGACGGUAAAGUAUGCACUUAUAAGUGCUCAGCGAUGCAUGAUUUGUCAGGGAGAUAUCGCACGGUACCGGGAACAAGCCACUAACUCUGCCAACUAUGGCAAGGCUCGCAGCUGGUACCUCAAAGCCCAGCAGAUCGCGCCCAAAAACGGCCGACCCUACAACCAGCUGGCUUUGUUGGCAGUUUAUACAAAGCGGAAGUUAGAUGCUGUGUAUUAUUACAUGCGCAGUUUGGCAGCCUCCAACCCCAUUCUGACAGCAAAGGAAAGUUUAAUGAGCCUGUUUGAGGAAGCUAAACGCAAGACAGAACAGUUUGAGCGAAGAAGGAAGCAGGAGCUUGAAGGAGGUUCCCAUGGUCCGGCAGUGAAGGGGAGGAGAAAAUGGGACGAUGGAGCACGUGUGGAGAUUUGGAUCCGUCCUGGUGGCCAAACAGCAACUCCCUCCGCACAUAGAGGGGGCAGCGAGUCCAGCAGAGACUCGGAACAGGACGGAGAGCUGGGUAGUCUUAGUGCGACUGAGCUAAAUAAGAGAUUCAUUUUGAGUUUCCUGCAUGCACAUGGAAAGCUCUUCACUAAAGUGGGCAUGGAGUCCUUCCCUGGAGUGGCGAGCCGUGUUUUGCAGGAGUUCAGGACUCUUCUUCAGCACGGCCCUUCAUUGCUCGGCUUCACAAACCUGCUGCAGAUCAUCACCAUCAACAUGUUUGCCGUAUACAAUGCCCACAGUAGAGGGGAAGAAGGAGAUGUCCGCUCCGUUUUAUUAGAACAAAGCACAUCUUUUGGCCUCAGCAUGUUUGCUUUGCUGGUGCAGCGCUGCACAGAGCUUCUCAAAGAAACUCCUACAGAAACAGUCCCCAUGGCAGAUGGAGAAGAGGAGGAGAAAACUGAAGAGCUGCAGGGUAUGGUCAGAGUGUCUGCGUUCCCGCUGGAGCUGAGAGAACUACUGCCCAGCAUCAAAGUGUGGUCCGACUGGAUGUUAGGGCACCCAGAGGAGUGGAACCCUCCCCCAUGCAGUCUAGAGUGCAGUCCCGAUGUCUGGCAGUGCCUCGCUGACUUGUGUAACGGACUGGCACGCGUGGACCAUGAGGAGAUGCCGCUGUACAAAGUGGAUACCGAUGAAGGCGAGGGAGACGAGGAGCUGACUGUGCUUCAGUUGAAGGAAGACAAGCUGCUCGCUGGCUUUGUACCUCUCUUGGCUGCGCCACAGGAGCCAUGUUACACGGACAAACACACUGACAUGGCCAUAGCUGAAGAUUGUAAGAGAGUGACGGUACUGAAGUACUUUCUGGAGGCUCUGUGCGGACAAGAAGAGCCUCUGCUGGCCUUCAAGGGAGGCAAAUACAUAUCUGUGGCAACUUCUCCCUCACUUAACCACUCAGGAGAUGCAAGGAGCAGACACGAUUCUUUAACAGAGAAAGAGUCGGAUGUCAUACUUGAAGCCGAGUCGUCUCUUUCUGGAUCAGAGGAAGAGGAGGAUUUUGAGGAGGCAGGAGACAGCGAGAAUGACAUCAAGGAGCUAAAAGCGCGACGGCACGUCCUCGCUAACAAACUGGCGCAGCAGCAGAAGCGCAGGGACAAAAUACAGGCGGUGUUGCAAACCGGGGGCCAGUUAGAACUGGAAGUAAGGCCCCUGUUUUUGGUCCCAGAUACCAACGGCUUCAUUGAUCACUUGGACGGGCUGAAGAAGCUCCUUCAGUGUGGAACCUACAUAAUAGUUGUGCCUCUCAUCGUUAUUACAGAGUUGGAUGGUUUGGCUAAAGGCCAUGACCCUUUCAGUGGGUCAAUGGGGACAGGAGGACGAAGCAUUGGCAGUCGAGGCAACUAUAAUGUCAGUACGGCCCACGUGCGGGCCGUGCAGGAGCAGGCUCGGGCCGCGGUGGCUUUCUUAGAAAGGGGCUUUGAAGCCAGGGAGCCAUGUCUCAGAGCCCUGACAAGCCGAGGAAAUCAACUCGAGUCAAUCGCCUUCCGCAGUGAGGACACCUCUGGACAACAGGGCAACAAUGACGACGUGAUUUUGUCCUGCUGUCUCCACUACUGCCAAGACAAAGCAAAAGAUUUCAUGCCUCCUCAGAGAAAUGGAACAGUGAGGCUGCAGAGAGAGGUGGUCCUCCUCACCGAUGAUCGCAACCUGCGCGUCAAGGCUUUGACCCGCAACGUCCCCGUGAGAGACAUCCCGUCUUUCCUCAGCUGGGCUAAAGUGGGCUGAACCAGAAUCGCGCAGAAACCAUAGGAACCUAGCUGAUGAAGCCUGCUCGUCACUCGGGAGAGACGGCACACUCAAAGCAGAGGAAGAAGAGGAAGAGGAGGAGGAGGAGGAGAUAAGUGGGGGGAGGAAAUGAGAAUGCAAAGAACCACUUCUUCAGGAAUACAAGCAAAUAAAGAGCGGAGUGGUGUUGAUGAGCUAAUUCCCCAUUGUGAGGAAGUGUGUGUGUGUAUGUAUAUGUUAGGAUCAUUGAGCUUCCUCCAUUAAGAGAGAGAGAGAGACUAAAUAAGUCUCUGAUAGGCUGAAAGAGAAAGGCAAAAGAGGUAAAAACGGAGUGAUUUGAUCUGCAGGUUGGCUGUACGCAGCCUUAAACCUCAGGCUUAAAGCAGACGAGGGAAUAAAAACGGAGAGGGGAACUGUCUAUGAUCAUUUGAUUAAAGACAGCAGCAAUUAAUAUUAUAUACACUGCCUGCCUCUAAAGGCUUUGGCUUGGACAGAUGAGCUCCUACAGCAGAGCUGAGAGGGCCGUAGGUGGAGCUACAGCUGGAAGGUGUGUAUCAGGAGGGUAUGAAGAGCAGAUCGUUGUUUGGGUUCAUUAUGAGCCCAACAUACAAGUGCAGCACCCAGACAGAAUCAUAUGAAGACAUUGUGUUCCCUGCUUGCCUGGGAAAUAUUUGAUUCUUCUUUGGCAACUUUCUCCAGCUUGAUGCAAAUUAUAAGUAAACGUUUGUGCUGAGAGGAGAAAAAAAAAACCAAAUAUGUUUCCUUUGUUUUACUUGUUCUUUAUUUCAUGUAUAUAAUAUUUCCCUAUUGUUUUUUGGAGUUGAUAAUAAGCAUCUGCAAAGUUUUUUUUUUUUUUUAAGUUGGGUAUUUUUUUUUCAUCAAGUAGCACUGGUGAAUAUUUUCAAAUAUCUAAUGUUCCCUUCUCACACCUCUUUGACAAUCUGUUCACUUCAUGAUAUAUUUAUUUUAAUCGACACCACCGUUUAGAAGUAAGGCUGUGAUUGAGGGGUGUUAUUUUUUCCUUAGUUAAAGUUGAAACACACAUGCUAUAUUACAUGGUAAAUUGAUAGAAAAACACCGUCCAGCUGGCCAGAAAUUGAAAUUAGAAUACUUUUUCUUGAUCAACUGUGAUCCACAAUUAGCUGGUCCACUACUAAAAUAAAUUGUUUUCGUUUUUAUUAAAUCCAUCAAAAUUGAGUCAUCCUGCCAUUUUCAGUAAAUAAAUGCAGCAAGCAGAGGCGUGCCCUUUGUUGCACUCUUUUUUUUUUUAUAUGGUUUUAUAGAAAUCAGAGGAUAGGGAGAUGUGUGUUUAAUACAUUGUUUCUCAACUCUGGUCCUUAGGACCCAAAGUCCUUCAUGUUUUAGAUCGGUGUCUCCUCAACCACACCUGGUUCAAAUAACUGCGUUAUAUCCUGCAAGCCGUCAAGCGCUGCGUUGCCUGCUGACCAUUUAUAUAAGCCAGCCGUCAAAACACCUGGGGCCUGGGGAUCAAGGUUGAGAAACCAUGCUUUAAUGACUGCGUUGGGAAAAUGUUGUAAUUUCAUCACUUUCGGUAUCAAAUGAGUAGCACUUUUUCUUUUGUAUGUUAUACUCCUUGUGACAAAAAAUAUCAGAUUGGCAACACAAAGAAAUCUAGAAAUCGGUAUUGUCCAGAAAAAUCCUGAUAGGCUCGUCAAUAUAAAUCUCAUUGUUUUGGGUAAAACAAAAACGGAAGGGAUUUUACUUGUUAAUUAUUGCUUUUUGAGAUUGUUUUAUUUCAUUUUUAGGCACCCUUGUGUUUUUCCAUCGUGAGUCUUUGACUCGAUGCCUUUAACAGUGUCAGUGCAUGAGUCCUCCUUAGUUCUCUUUGCUGUGUAAAAUUCCCGUUCUAAAGGUUAGCGGCAUCUCGUUCAAGCUGUGUUUUCCGCUGAAUUCCUCAUGCGAACUAUCAAGAAAGCUGUUUUCAUUGCUAUCUGUUGUGCUUGUGGUCCUUUGGCAGGUUUUGUGUUAAGCAAAUGUACAAAGCCGCUAAGCUGAACUUUCUUCAUCAAUAAAACCGAUUGAAAUGUA